CUCAUUCGCAGCUCAGCAUCUUGUAACAUCAGUAGUGAAGUAAUUUGUGCGACUCGCUCUCAAUAUGUUGUCCUUUGUCAUUGUUUUAGUGGUGUUAUGUGCAGGAGUACACAGUCAGAACGCCGCCUCCUACACCAUUAACUCUGACGGCACCACCAACAUUGCUGGCAAGAUUGGGUUGGCAGGAAACGAUCAAAAUGCAUUAAGCGCCUUAAUCUCCAAGUCAUCCACGGGAGCGAUUAGUAAAGGACUUGCUUGGGAUAAUGCGAACGGCCAUGGGCUAUCUGUGUCGCAGGCUAAUAUCCCAGGUUUCGGCAGUCAGUUGACCGGCGCGGGGAAGCUGAACUUGUUACACAACGAGAACCACAACCUGAAUGCGAACGCCUUCGUUACCAAAAAUAUGCCGAACAUUCCUCAAGUGCCUAACUUCAACACCGUCGGCGGCAAUCUCGAUUAUACGUUUAGGGAUCGAGUGGGUGCUACCCUGGGCGCCGCCAGGACCCCAUUCCUGCAGCGGACCGACUAUUCAGCGAUGGGCAAGCUGAACCUGUUCCAGUCACCCUCCACCUCUGUAGACCUUAACGCUGGUUUCUCUAAAUCCGUGUCACCACAUUUCAACACUAAGUGGGAACCUUCAGGAGGAUUAUCUUUCACCAGAUUUUUCAAUGGGAAAUGAGACUUACACAUUCGGCAACCGAAUCGUAGAGUUUAUCUUUCGGUUGAUUUACUUUAGCUAGUCAUUUUUGUAAAUAAUAUUGAUGUGAAAAAUAUUUUUAAGUUGAAAAACUU